UGCAUGCAGCGUGCAGUGCAGUCUGCAGAGCAGCGUACUCAGAAUCGUAUUGUUGGAACUGUGAAGGAAACACAUGUUUCAGAAGUGGAUCGAGUAGUACGAGAAGAAGUAGAAUUCUAACUAUUUGACCCUACUGCUAGACAUAAUUAAGGAGCGAGGAACAGGUGUAAUUUUAAAAGUCAGUAACAACGCACCGACCGAACUGUAUCAGGAGAUCUGUAUCUUCUGCUGUAUUGAUACUGACUAGAGUGAAGCGGAUAUUUCACUGAAGUGGGAGAACUACAACCGCACCAUGAAGUACAUCUUGGUAUCUGGUGGCGUCAUUAGCGGCAUAGGGAAAGGAGUAAUUGCAAGUAGCAUCGGGAUGCUCUUGAAAGCUUGCGGUCUCAGGGUCACUUCGAUCAAGAUAGAUCCAUACCUGAACAUCGAUGCGGGAACAUUUUCGCCAUAUGAACAUGGUGAAGUAUUUGUAUUGGAUGAUGGCGGCGAGGUCGAUCUGGAUUUGGGAAACUACGAGCGAUUCCUGGAUGUCAAGCUACACCGAGAUAACAACAUCACAACUGGCAAGAUCUACCAGCAUGUCAUCUCAAAGGAGAGAAAGGGAGACUAUCUGGGAAAGACUGUACAAGUUGUGCCUCAUAUCACCAAUGCCAUCCAAGAAUGGGUAGAGAGGGUUGCUAAGAUACCGGUAGAUGGAGAUGAUCAGGAACCAGAAGUCUGCAUCAUUGAGCUUGGGGGUACGAUUGGAGACAUUGAGGGUAUGCCCUUCGUGGAGGCCUUCAGGCAGUUCCAGUUCAGGGUGAAGCAGGACUUCCUAUCUAUCCAUGUGAGUCUGAUACCUCAGCCCAAGUCAACGGGAGAACAGAAGACCAAACCCACACAGGCCAGCAUCAGAGAGCUGAGGAGUCUUGGUCUGUCACCAGAUCUGAUUGUUUGCAGAAGUCACAACCCAGUGGAUGAUGGUAUCAAGGAGAAGAUCUCUAUGUUCUGCCACGUUCCUCCUGAACAGGUUAUCUGUGUCCAUGACUGCUCAUCUGUGUACCGAGUACCUCUUCUGCUAGAAGAACAGAAUCUCAUCUCGUUCUUCAAGAGCAGACUCACCCUACAGUUCAGACAGAGACCGAGAGCAGUCCUUUCAAAAUGGAGGGAAUUAGCUCACAGAUACGAGGCACCAUCAAAGCAAGUCACCAUCGCUCUCGUUGGGAAGUACACAAAGUUAGAAGAUGCCUACAUCUCAGUAACUAAGGCCCUCAACCAUGCUGCCCUUGCUUGCAAACACAAACUCAAUCUCAAGUAUAUUGAAGCUGAUGAUUUAGAAGCAGAAAUCAAGACCUCAGAUCCUGUCAAAUACCACGAGGCAUGGCAGAAGCUAUGCAGUGCUGAUGGUAUAUUAGUACCUGGUGGUUUUGGUAAUCGUGGUAUCGAAGGCAAAGUAGCAGCAGCACACUGGGCAAGAGUUAACAAGAAACCAUACCUUGGUGUAUGUUUGGGUCUUCAAGUAGCUACUAUUGAGUUUGCAAGGAACGUACUUGGAUGGGAAGACGCACAUUCAGAAGAGUUUGAUCCCAAAUCAAAACACACUGUGGUGAUUGAGAUGCCUGAACACAACACAGGUCAGAUGGGAGGUACAAUGAGAUUGGGAUUGAGAAAAACACUCUUCAAGACUGACAAUUGUGUUAUGAAAACCCUGUACAACAAUGCCGAGUACAUCGAAGAGAGGCACAGACACAGAUAUGAGGUCAACCCCAAUGAUGUUGCAGAGUUUGAGAAGAAUGGAAUGAAGUUUGUUGGACAGAGUGAAGAUGGACAGAGGAUGGAAAUUAUGGAGCUAGUUGAUCACCCGUACUUUGUCGCCGUACAGUAUCACCCGGAGUACAUCUCUCGUCCCAUGAAGCCCUCACCGCCAUACCUUGGUCUGAUCCUCCAAUCAAUCAAUCGUCUCAACCAGUACAUCGCCAGGGGAUGCCGUCUAUCUCCCAGGAACUCAUUCAGCGAUAACGAGUCUUCCGACACCGAGGAGGAGAUGGUCCACCUGAGCGCCAAUGCCAAGAGGAUGCAUUAUGAGGUGACUCCAUAGCAACCAAAAUGGCUGCCAUGUUCACCGAGUUAGUCCACUGUAUUAUGAUCAUAAUUGUCUUGUAUUUUGUAUCUUCUGAUGUUUGAUUUGUCCUCCAAAGAUGUUUUCUAAAUGAAAACAUCCUAGAUGUUUUGUAAUUAAUCCUGUUUUUGCUCUAUGGGUAACCACCACCGCAACCAAGAUGCCUGCCUUUAUUAUCUAGUAAAUCCAUGUUUUAAUCAGUUAUGUUCUCUUUUGUUGCAUAGAAUGUUAUUAUGACCAUCUUUCACAGUGUAUUUCAUUUAUCAGUUUUUUCUUUUGUUCUGCUCAUGCAUAAUGAGACUGAUCCAUAGCAACAAGAUGGCUGCCAUAUACAUUCAGAAAGCUUGUUCAGAUCUAAAGUAGUAGCAUUGCUGAUUAGUAAUCUUAAUUUCCAAAUAUAUUUAACAUAAAAAUGAUAUGGCCUUGAAACUUCAAUGAAUUAAUAUUCGGUUUUUAUUGAUAAGGUAUAUUGCCUCUUCGUCAAUUGUAAUAAAUGUGGAGGGUCUUUUUUAUUUCAGACAAUAAAAGUGACUUAUAUCGUCAUGAAUGUAAAUAUCAGUUUGUGUAAACAAUAAUCACAUAUUUUAUCCUUGAUCAAGCUCUUCAGGAACCAAAAGGGUAAUAAAAGUGUCAACUUGACUACUUUCUUUACUUUUCAUUUUUCAUUCUCAAUGUGGCACUGUGAAGUAGUAAUAAAUAAAAUUGUUGAACUUUUGAACUUUACUUUGAACUUUACUUUGAACAUUAUUUGCAAAUUUCUGUCAAUCCCUUUUGGGUAUGAGAACAAAAAGAUGGCAUAAGAGAAAGCAUUAAAUUAUAACACACCAUUAUUUACAAUAUGGCAGUUAACAUGCAUGGUAAAGAUUGACAAUUUACAGGGCAUAAUAUUUCCCCUCAUUGGUGAUGGUCAAAUACCUACAUUAAUUGUGCUGUAUCUGGUAGCUCUGUACAUAAAUAUAUUAUCAUUUUCCUUUAAGUGGAAAUAGAAUUUUCUCCCACUUAUCAAUUAUCAACUGUAUUGAGAUCCUAUAUAUUCCAUUUGCCCCCUCCCCCCGUCAUGUGGAUGAUUUCAAAGUUUGUGAAUAUUUCAUCUAGAAAUGCAAAAGGCAUCUUCUUGUGUGUGAAAUGGAUAGAUAAUGAUGAAUAAUAAUUCUUUAUGCAAUGUUGAUUAUGCUAGUUUUGAUCCUGAUAUUAACAAUUAUGCACUUAUGCUUAUUUAUGUGUUUGAAAUACAUAUUUAUAGCAUCCAACUCCCUGAUCAGUACAAUAUAAUGUAUUCAGUUUUCAUACUAGCUGCGAUUUCUAUUUACUGGUUUACAUGUAUACUACUUUGACUAGCAGGGAUUAGUGGGAAUAUUUAUUACUCAAUAUCCUUUUCAUAAAAGAAGAUCUUUUUUUGUUUGUUUUCAUCAUUUCAUUUUGCACAAAUAUACUAUACACUUGGUUGGGAAAGAAAUAUAUGUGCUGUAUACUUUGCUGAAUUUUAAAAUUUUCCCUGGAGUGCCUGAAGUAAUCGUCUUGGUACAUGUAGAUACAAAUCUAAACAGGACUGAAUGUUCGGAUUUUCAAUGUAUGCUACUGGAUAUUGUCAUUUGAUUGGUCAAUAGCAAAUUUGUGAUAGAGAAUCUGCAUUUGUUAUUGAUAGUAGUAUUGUGAAAUGGGGCCUGGAAUCCCUUGCCAAUGACAGAUGUUAUUCCUAUGUUGUUUCACGUUGCUUAGUUCUUAUAGACAAGGCACAAACUUUGCUGAUGGACUUUUGAACAAAGAUUUUGUGAAUGGUUUUGUUCUGCAAGAUGUUUUUUUUUUAAUCCUCGAGCAGCUAAUAUUUGUAGUAUCAAUUUAAAAUGAAUGCCGAGUUAACGAUUGCCUUUGGUUAAUGGUUAGAGAGACAUGAGGUCUUGUUGAACAAUGCCUGUUCUUAGCAAUACGAGCAAAGCUCAAAUAUUUUGGUCUGAAUGUUCGACUGUUUUCUUGUGAUAUCAUCAUUAGAUGUAUCAUUUAAAUGUUUGAUGAAUUCUUUCUGAGAGAGAGAGGCUAAAGUGCAAAAACCAAACGGCCCUUUUAAGGGCCAUUCAUUGGUGUUAUACGUAGUAGUAUGUGUUUAUGGAUGGCCUGUAUAACCAUUCCUUUUUGUACAGUGUAUAUACUCAAACAAGUAGAUUAAGAAUUGUUUUGAUUAAUGUAUGCACAUAGUCUUGCACCUAUCAUGUUUUCAUUUUCUUUUAUGCAUUUAUCAUUAUUACUUUUAUUGUUUUUAUUUAAUCGUUAUUAUUUUUUUUGGGGGGGGAGGAGUCAUUUUCUUUUGUAAGAGUAGCAUAGAGACUAAUGAAACCAUGAAUGAGUCAUUUAAUAUAAGUUAUUUAAUUUAAUGUCAUCUCAGCAAUUUAGAUUUUACAAUUCUUCAACUAUGUAUUAGAAGUUUACUUGUCCUAGUCUUAUCCUUAUUCAGUCCUUAUGUACAUUAUUUAUUCAUGAAUAUGCCAUGAUUAAGAUAAUAAACGUACUGCUCUGAAGCACAUAAUUUUUUUUUAUAUCUUAAGUUAUUCUUGAAUUUAAAUAUCCUCGCACAAAACAUGUAAGGAUGAUACACUCGGUAAGCUAAAGAGAUAAAGCACCUUCAAUAACUAGUACAGGUAUGCAUUUACGAUACAAUAUUUACAUAGUUUUUUAAUUGAUCUGUAUGAUGUAGCUGUUUCCAUUAAUGUGAUAUUUACAUUAAUUUGUGCUUUAAAAUGGAAAACAAAUAGUUGUGAUAUUACUUCAUCCCCAUUUUUGCAAUCAUAAUGUCUCUUAACCUAUUUCUUCCAAAUUCAAUUAAGCUAGAUUGUGUAAUUGUAGGAUUUCAUGGAAGUAUUUAUUGUUAGACAAAAUUAAAAAUGAUUCGACUUCAAUUUCACAAACCUUAUUUCUUAUUCUGUCAAGUAUUCAAUGAUAAAUACAAUCACAUUUUAUUAAAUACCACUUGACAAAAUACUCAAUGGCCCUCAUUCACUAAAAGUGGAUUCAUAAAAAAUAUAACUGAGGUCAGAUUUAUAUAAAUUUUUUGUAAUGCUUUUUUCAGAGAGACUCCAAGUAGUUGAUGUAUGAUCAUUUCUUAGCCUGUUGAAGUUGAGAUGAUUUAAGUUUCAUUCAUUUAUAUAAGAAUAUUAGUUUUGUUCAUAGUUUUAAUGCAAUUCAAAUUCUUGAUUCAUCCUUCCAAAUUGAUAAAACAAUUUUAUCUCAAAGACUUGCUUUUGUUACUAUGCAAAGUUUCCUUUAGAUUGCUUUAGUGUUAAUGAAGAAACUCAUUUUGAUUUGCUGGAAGAAUGGUUGUCCAUUAUUUAUCAUUUGAUAAGCAGAACAUAUUUUGCCCCUUUGUUCACUAUUAAGACAUUUCCCCCCUUCAGUUUCCAUUUUGGUUGUAAGUUAUUAAUGUGGAUGCUACAAUGUUUUUAUUGGUUGAAUAAAUGAAUAUACUAGUGUUUUGUACACGCUUUA